ACCAGCGUGUUCUGUCAUCAAUCUGCCUGUGGCGUUCGCAAAAUAAGAUUUGACUUUUUUUUUAAAAAGUGUUUUUAGGCUAGUCGUUGUGUUCGGCCGUGGCCUAGAUAGUGAGCCAGUGAACGGCGGGUGUUAGUGUCUUUUCGGGGCGUGGUUGACAUUUACACGAGAGAGGAGUAUUUCUACAUAUUCGUAACAGUAUGGGCGGGGUAAUCAGCUAUUUUAGGAGCCUGCUGGGCAGCAGAGAACUUCGAAUUCUGAUCCUCGGACUCGAUGGUGCAGGAAAAACAACUAUACUAUACAGAUUACAGGUUGGAGAGGUUGUGACGACGAUCCCCACGAUUGGGUUCAACGUUGAACAGGUAACGUACAAGAAUUUGAAGUUCCAAGUAUGGGAUCUUGGGGGUCAGACGUCAAUCCGUCCGUACUGGCGUUGCUACUUCAGUAACACCGACGCGAUCAUUUACGUGGUCGACAGUGCAGACCGAGAUAGAAUCGGCAUAUCCAAAGAAGAGCUCGUCAGUAUGCUUGAGGAAGAGGAAUUAAAAAAAGCAAUCCUUGUUGUUCUUGCUAAUAAGCAAGAUAUGGCUGGAGCAAUGAGUGUCUCGGAAAUGCACGCUGCUUUAGGUUUGGACGCGUUGAAAGAUCGUACGUUCCAGAUCUUCAAGACGAGUGCGCUCAAAGGCGAUGGUCUUGAUGAAGCUAUGGAAUGGCUAUCCAACGCAUUAACAAACGGUGGAAAGUGAUCCCGCGUACCGCAAACAUACGAGGUCAACCAGCGAUCAGAAGUGUCUCAGCGCAAUGAAACUUUUGCAAUCAAACGCAAAUCUAAGGUUUGCGUGCGACAGUACAGCUUAAAGAGGUUCUAUAUUUGCCUUUACAUUUUGGGGUAUUAACAUGUCUCUCUGAUCGUAGCGUACGAAAGUAGGUACACGACAGGAUGCCUAGUUCGUAGUAAUACAGUAUGAAAAAUAAGCCGGUGUAGACAUUGACAAUUUGAAUGCCUUAUGUGAUGAUCGUGGUGGAUGACGAUGAAAAUGUAGAGUGACUGGAACAAAAAAUGCUGAUGUGUGCAACUACAAUAAAUAAACGCCGAAAUGCUAUCUAUAAAGUAUAAUUAGUGGGCCUGUGAGAGAAAAAUGAAGCAAGUGGACAAAAGAAAGAAAUGAAAGAUAUAUAUAUAUAUAAACCCUUUCAAAAUAGAAAGUGUCGCUCUGCUAACAGGAGGGUGCUACGUAAAGGAUUUUGCCUUGUAGCGGCAGCUGCUAACUGUAUACUGAGACAUAAAGAGUUUCUGCUAACUACAGCCCUCAGUAGUACGAAGUCGUGACGUUUGGGUAUGAGGAUCGACCUUGACGAGAACGGAGAAAGGUGACUUUUACGGUUCUCUGACUGACAGGGAACAACAAUAUGUUGUGAUGGCAUGACGCAUUGCAUUAUAUUUCUUUAUCUAGACGCGCGGAUGAAUACUGUUAUUAAAAUAUUAUUAAAUUACUAGAUUAUUAUAUUGUCAUUAUUGCUAUAAGUAUACUUAUUAUAAAUACUAUAAUUAUUUUUAAUUAAGCUUUCUGCAAAGCAAAGAAGAUGUAAUGAAUGUGUGUUGUAUAUACGAUCAUGAAAACUAAAGCAGAUCGAAAUGUUAACCGAACAUAAAAGCGGACGAACCAAUAUGUCUGAGGGUUGUUCUCUGCUGAGAUCGAUUAAAAAAGUAAAUUAUUAGGCAAUAUAAAGGGAUCCUGCAAGUGGGUAUUCAUGUUACGAUCCGAUCGCAAUCAUAAAACGAGAUAUGCGUAUGCACAAUAUUAGUAGUGCAAGUAGAUCAGGAAUCAUAGAACAAGACAUGAAAAAUGCGUGUCAAACACAUGCGCUGACGUGAAAAUCUUAUGCUAAAUAACGAGUAUACGGCUUUGAAUAUUUCUCGUAGAUUACAAAUUUAACGUGGUAUAAAUCAAAUUUAACUAACGAUGCAAAUCAAUGUGGUCGUCCUCCGAGCAACUGAUGCAAAGGAAUCAAGGAGAUAAUGCCGUGGAAGAACGUUUGCAAGGCUGAAUAAUUUUGAGGUAUAUCAUUGAUUGCAAUGAAAGGUGAGCACAAAAAGCAGAAAGAGAAUAAUAACAAGUGCUCGAAUUGAUCUGUAUAAUUAUUAUUAGUGAAAUGGCUACGAACGAAAAUUACUGACGGGUACGGCCAUUGUCGAGUCGAGUGGUAUUGCUAACUCACAAAUUCUAUCAUGAGUAUGCAGAAAUAAACCAUGUAAGAGCAUAACCAAAAGAUCAGUAUACGUGGGAAAUAACCAAAGGGCGGCAUCGAAAAAUCAACAUCCGAAAUGCUGCCAUUAGUACUAGAAUUAGUGCUAUUGGCAGUUCUUAUUAAUAAAAGACGAAAGCCAAAGAAGAUAUAACUUUCAGAGCUCUAUACUUGGCGGUUAAGUGAAUACCAACCGAUUCGUUGUUGCAUCGCUCAGGUACUCUGAACUUCGAUACCAAUCGGUUCAUUACUACUGGACAAUACUGUAUGUCUCAAUGGCUCACGGUAAACGAUCCCAAAACUGCUAACGAUGAUCACGGCGACGAUAAUGAUAGUAGUAUUAAGUGUCCUUUAGUAGAAUUGAGGAUGGUAAGAUAAGAUAAAAAUGACGUCACCGCGAACGAUUGCAACAAGGAGUAGCAAGAUCUGCGAGAGUAAAGUAUAUAUAUGAAUCGAUGAAAAAGGGUAGAGCGCGGACGAGAGCGUGAUAUAAAUCAUGAAACAGUAAAAAAAGGGUGAGUAACGUGGUACAGCUAAACUAUGGGAAAAUAGAAUAAAGAUCACGGUGAAGACAGGUGCAACGCCUACGAAACGAAUUUCGGUCAAACAG